AUAUAGCUUUGAUCUUACUGAAGACUGAAUUUUUUUUCAUGAUUUUUCACCACUAAAAAAAAAAAUCGUGAAAGGUCGUGUACCAACGGUCAAAACAUUUUCUCAGUGUCUUCUCACAACCAACCAAAUUCAAACAAAAGAGUAAUACAGACUGAACAUAGUAAUUAGUUUGAAUAAGUAGUUAUUACUAUUACAUUUAAUAAUCACUUGAAUUAACAAUGGCUCACGCUCCUAGUUUAAGUAUUGCAGCUAUUGCAACCAUGGGUUCUGUUGGUGUCAUUUAUCUCCUUAUUAAAUCCCCAUUAAAAUAUCAAUAUCUUAGUGAAAAUAGAGUGAGUCCAAAAGCUGAUUUAGCAUGGAGAAAUGCUGCUCAAAAAUGGCUUGACAGUAAUUAAAAGUGGUUGAGUUAUUUCUUUUGAUCUUUUGCAUGUAUUUUAGUUUACAAUUUACCUAUUCAUUCAUUUCGUUAAUUAGUGUAUUCAUCACACAUACAUUAUUUCUAUUAAACUUUGCAUAAUUUAUUUCAUAUACUUAAGUAUACUACCUACUACAGUCA